ACACUUCAUAUAAAAUGGCUUAAUUCACAUUUCGAAGUAAUACUAUUAGAAUCAUCAAUAAUACCAUUAAAUGGUAAGAUGGAUACCAAAGAUAUACAAUAUUUUUGUGAUCAAUUAUCCAAAUCUUUUGAAGGAUAUGUGCAAGAAACUAAGGAAAUAUUUUGUGGGAAAUGUAAAGAAAUUCAAUUUCUUAUUUAUAAUAAUUCCAAAAAGAAAAAGAUACAGGAAAUGAAAUGUAGUGUGAAACAGGAAGAAAACACUGAAGGUUCAGUUUUUGAUGCUUCCACUGAUGAGAAUGAAGAGUCAGAUGAAGAAGGUAUGAAAAAACAUAAGAAAAGGAAAUCUACUGAUAAUAAGAAUCCUGUAUCUAUGCAAAACACUAAACAAAGCAAGCAUGGUGUAAGCAAAAAAUGUAUAAUGAUUGAAUGUACUAGUCCAGAACCAUCUACUAGUAAAGAUUGGACAAGUGACGAUAUAAAAGUUAAACAAAAUUUUAUGGAAGAAGAGAAUAAAAUUAUACAAAUUGAUCAAAGUAGUACUUCUGAGUCUAAACAGUCAACAAGAAUUUUUAAAUUUGAAGAAUCUGAUUCAGGAGAAGAAAUAUUUUCUUAGCAGAUUCUUUUAUAUUU